UAUCCACGAGCCAAGGCAUACAUCCUACACACUGGUACCGGCUGGAGGGACGUGAGGGUGAGGAGUAAAAUCCUGAUAGUGAGACGUCAACUUUCAGGACUUCCUGUCUUUAAAAAAUCUUUCAACGAAAUAAUCUAGUGGUGGCAACUGAGCAGUUUAAUCUUCCUCUGGUCGACAAGAUGAAUGGAGAAAUGCCUGUCAAGGAGGAAGAGGAUGGCACAAACAACAUCCAGGCAGAUGAGUCCAGUGUGACAGAAGUUAAAGGCCUGGGAGAGACAGCAGAAGGUCAGGAGGUGACAGCUGUUGUGGAGAGAACUGAGGAAGAUAAAGUGGAGGAGGAGGCUGUUGUACAAAAGAUUAAUGGGGAAGAACCAAAUAACUCAGAGACGGUCCCACAGCAGACUGAAGGAGACACUGAACAAGACCACGAUAAGGCACUGACAAUUGUUGAUGGGGCAGAACCCAAAAUGGAACAAGCAGAUAAAGAUGUGAGAAAAGAGAAGGGGCAGGGAGAUGUGAAAGAAAGGCAGGUAGAGGAGGUCCAGGACCAGGUCAACAGGAAAGGAGAGGAUGAAGGGGGUAAGUGUGAGAUUAAAGCAAAAAACGAAGAGGCAAAAGACAAAAAAGAGGACGUGAAAGAUGUUAAAAAAGCAGAUAAGUCAGACAAAGGGAAGGGGAGGGAAGAAGAAAAACAAGGAAAACCAAAAAGAAAGACAGUUCCUAGCUCUCGACCCAGGUCCUCUGCACGCUCCAUCAGAGCAUCUGCAAAAAAUGACAUUAUAGCCAAGUUCCAACAAGGCGCACCAGAGACACCGAUACCUCGCAACUUCAGGAUUCAGAAGUCCUCCGGUGCUGCAGCAACAGGAGCCUCUAUAAAACAGAAGAUACUUCAGUGGUGUCGCAGCAAAACACGCAACUACAAGGAUGUCAACAUAGAAAACUUCUCAUCGUCCUGGUGUGAUGGGCUGGCGUUCUGUGCUCUGAUCCACCGUUUCUUUCCAGACGCUUUUGACUACAACUCCCUAACUCCACAGGAAAGGGAGAAAAACUUCACUUUGGCUUUUCAGACAGCAGAGUCUCUGGCUGACUGCUGCCCUCUUCUGGAAGUAGCUGACAUGAUCAUGAUGGGCAAAAGCCCAGACCCCAUGUGUGUCUUCACAUACGUCCAGUCCCUCUGUCACAGCCUCUCCAAAAUAGAGCAAGAAAGGAGGAGCAAAGAGAAAGAAAAAGUUGGAGAUGUGGACGAGGAGGCAGCCAACGAAGAAGAUGGAGCUGCAGACACAUCGGCCGAUAAAAGUGAGCCUGUUGACGGUCACAAAGAAACACAAGGAGAACCCGUACAGGCUGAGGAAGGUGGAGAAGAGAAGGGUGCAUGCAAACAGCUGUGAGGGGAAAGAAAAUGGAAAAGUUGGGGAAGAGUCCCUGACUGAAACUGACGGAAAACAAAACGACUGAAAAGACAAAAAGAAAGGCAAACACUUGGAGUGUCAGCUCAAAAACAUGGAGAUGUUCCUUUGUGUUGUAAUUCUUUUCACUGCUGUGCUGUGCAUUGCUACGUUACACAAAAAAAAAUGUUCAUAACCUAGAUUGAUGGGUGCUCAUGAAAAAUAAUAACAUGCUUCAUUAAAAUGUCUAACAAAAAUUAAUGUUUAAAUAUUGUCAUGCAGUAGACUGUCUUAAAAAGCUGUAUAAUUUGUUCAAUCUCCUAAAUCUCAUUGUAUUACAUAGGUACAAAAAAGACAAAUAAAAGUUCCAUCAAAUGAAAAACACGUCAUUUGUAACAAAACAAAAUGUAUUCUAUUGCUUUAUUGUAUAGGAAAAGGUAAUUUUUAGGGUGGUAUAAUUAAACAAAAUUAUCUGGAAUUGGUUGUUAUUGAGGAAGAAUAAACCAUUUUGAACAUUUUUAGUUGGCAAAACAUUAAAAGAGCUUGUGCAAUUUU